UUCUUGUUGCAGUUUAAACUAAAUAAAUGUGCUACCAGAGGAGUGACCCGGCCCAUCAUUCUCUUCAGUGUAACAUAUUUUGGCGAGCCAGCCAGGAGGUGGCGCUAGUGAAUUAACACCAUCACCAACCACCUUCCUUCCCAAGAGACGAACUAGAAAGAAAAAAAGAUGGAAGCAGCACAGCUUCUGCGCGAUCGAGUGAGUGCAACCUUGUGGCAGUUGGAAAGAGAGCAUCUCGUGGACGUCUGCAGGCGACUGAAGUGUUCCGGCCUGGACAGCGGAGAGCCUCAAAGUAAAACCAAAAGGACACUCAUCAGGUUGGCAGAGGACAUGUUUGAUGAGAUAGAGAAAAGUGAAGAAGAGGAUCAAGUGGAACAGUUUUAUAAAGAAACAGCCACAUAUAUCCAGAGACUAAGUAAAGUAAUGUGUCAGUCAGAAGAGGAAUCCUCAUUUAAAAAGUCUGUGCCACAGAUAGACCUUGAGGACACUAUUCCAUGCACCACUUCAGUCCAGGCAACAGAUUAUCCACUCAAAACCCGACCAGAGCCAAAACAAACUCUGCAGGAGGUAACAUUGAGGAGGGAGUUUAAAAUCUCUGGGCAGAUUGGAGAGAGUGGGCAGAAGGAUAAGCUGUCCUACCUCAGUUUAGUACGCCAGAUCGAAAAUGGGAUUGAAAAAGGACACUCAGAGGUUGAAGUAGUUGAAGCAGUAAUUAGGGCCAUCAGUCCAGGAAUGCCCCUAAGAGACAUGUUGGAGAUAAAACGUGGGUUAACCCUUAGCAAACUGCUCACCAUACUAAAGGGACACUACAGGGUCGAUAGCCCCACUGAACUUUACCAUCAGCUUCUCAAUAUCUCCCAAGAACCCAAAGAAACUGCCCUAAAUUUUGUAUUUCGUGCUAUCGAGCUCAAAGAAAAACUUCUAUGGAAAGCAGCAAAUGAGGAGACCGAUGAACUGUACAGCAGGACCACAAUUCAGCGUAAGUUUCUCCGCUCCAUUGAAACUGGGCUACUCAGUGACUCCAUUAAGUAUCAGUUGCUGCCUCUCCUAAGUAAUAUGACCAUAACAGAUGAAGAACUGAUUGAGAAAGUUAACGAAGCUUCAAAGCUAGAAAAUGAAAGAUUGGAGAAACGAAGAAGGUCCACUGCAGUCAAGAUUCCCAAGGUACAAGAGCUCCAAACAGCGUGCCAGACAGCCCUGACACCUGUUCAAAGCCACCCGAAACCCAAAGAAUCCCCCAUUACAGUGGCUGUGAAAACAGUUAAAAAUAAAGAGACUAAAACAGACCCACAGCAGAUCAUAGAAGAACUUCGCAAAGAAAUGAAAGAGAUGUUUGUGGCUGCUAUGGAAACCAGUCCCCACACCAUGGCACCAAAACAAAGACAAAAAGGCUGUAAGAAGUGCAGAGAAGAGGGAAAAGGAGACAAUUGUAUGCACUGUUUCAAAUGUGGGCGGGAGGGCCACUACUCUCGUGGAUGCCGAGCACCGAGACCGUUGAUGGGAAACGAGGAAGGGCUACUGAGGUGGGACCAGCAGUAGUCCAGGAUCCACGGUCCCAUAAAGAG